GUGCCUUUUGUCAUGUGUGUAAAAAAAUUGAUUUAUUUUCCGGAUAAUGUAGUAGUAGUUUGUUUCAGUUCCUCAUACGGAGGGGCAUGUGGUGAGAUGCUACACUGAGCUCAGUUUCUAUAGAGUCGAGAGGUCACAGUGUAAAGCUGAGCUAUUGAAAUAUUGGAUUUUAACAAAAAAAAAGUGUGUUUUUUACCCUCUGAGUGGGUAUAAAUCUGCCAGCAGCUGGGGGAAACAUUACUUUGAGCGCUGAUGUGAAUAUUUGAGUGGUGGUGUGGGAGGGGAUGCCCCAUGGCGCGGGGGUGUCCCUUGGUGUGAACUACAUUCCACACGUUUCCAUAAAGCACCAAAUGCAAUUGUUGGGCUGCUUUUUUUAAUCUUUGCACACAUUAAGAAUCAUGACUACACAGGAAACGUCUUAAAAUGCAGACAGCUCUUUUUUAGAAAUAAGAUAUGUUCAAGGAAUUGCUGUCAAAUAGGAAAUGUGACACCUUUUUAUGUUAAGCAGGCCUUUGAUCUUCAUUCAUCUACAUGACUUGGCACAUAUAAAGUGAGCUGGAGCUUUUGGCUGUGAAAGUUCCAUCAGUGUUACUUUUAGAUAUUUACAGGCUACUGUUACUGUUACUGCUGUUCUACUCUUACUAUUCUAAGCUAGUCUGUACUCUGCUUAGCUUAGCUAGUCUGCUAAACUAAGCUGUUAGCUUCUUCAGUGUUCAUUACAUCUUCUAUGUUUUUGCUUAAUCCCACAUCUUUAGUCCCAAUCUCAUCAGCAUCAAGACUACUAAAGGCUUGAUCUCUGAAUUUAUAACAACCUGACUUUAUAAAAGAAGUAAAGGUAGCCAUGAUGAUAACACUUAAAUAUAGCACUUUAGAAAUCAGAAGAGACCAGAUUUGGAAACAUUUCUCUCCUUGAGAACUAAUAUUUAACAAUGGAAAAAAAAAAAGGAAAAACUUCAUAUUUCAUGAAGGAAGCUGACUGUUUUGAAUGGGAGGACUCAGGUUUUAGGCCAGCACCUAGAAACCUUGUGUGGUACUCAACUUCUAAGCCCUAAGCAGAAAAUCAUCUCUCAUCACUUCACUGUUAUAUCAGCAGCCUGACACUGCACAAAACUAUUUAUCUCAUGACACACUGCAGCACUUGUUGCACAACAUUGAAGCUGCGGUCAUCCAGUGAUUUAGGGUUGUAUUUCCUCUGCAAGUGUUCUGUGCACUGAUGCCACUCAAAGUGUUUUCUUACUGUAUGAUGCAAUUGGUUGGUUGUGUCCUACAGUUAAUAAGAGUUCCAAUGACAAAACAUUUAAUUACUGAAUGAUUUUAGCUUUAAGGAGGUUUCAGUGCAAACUCAUCUUCCUCUUGUAUAGGUGGCCCCAAUCAGCAUCCUGCAAACUUGCAAAGCAUGAGAAAAAAUGCUCAAGGCACAUCUGUCCAAGAUGCUCGAGACAGGGAGCUGCUGGCUCAGCACAACAUCACCCACAUCCUGUCCAUCCAUGAUACAGCUGCGCCCGUUCUGGAGGGCAUCACAUACCUUUGUAUAUCUGCUGGUGACCAUUCCAAGCAAAACCUGAUUCAGUACUUCAGAGACAGCAUCAUGUUCAUCCAUGAAUCCCGACUGAAAGGAGAAGGCUGCCUCGUCCACUGUAUGGCAGGAGUGUCCCGCAGCGUGACUCUGGUGGUGGCCUACAUCAUGACCGUGACAGGUCACGGAUGGGUAGAGUCCCUGGCAGCGGUUCGGUCAGUCAGGCCAUGUGCGGGGCCCAACCUGGGCUUCCUGCGACAGCUGGAGGAGUUUGAAAACACAGAACUAACAGAAUAUCGAGCUUGGUGGAAGGAGCUGUACGGGAAGAACACGUUCAGUGAUGAUGAGGAGAUCGAGGCCCUUUUAAACCGGAAAUCCAGCACCAGCGAUGCCAUGACAACCAGCAUCACUCCUGCGCUGGCCACGAGCAGAAAAUAAAGAAACUCAUUUCUGGAUCUUCAGUCAUUUCUCACCUGAACUUAAGAGGCCGAGGACAGCGGGCUUCUGAUUGGCCCUUUAACCCCACAGAGACCGGAUGCACAUUUUAAAAAUCAUUUUGCCCGCGACCUCGCACAGAAAACUGCGUCAGGAACACCUGUCUCAUAAAAAGUUCAGUGUCAGGAUGAUAAGUUCAGUCUCGUGUGCGUGGAGUUGCUAAGCAGACAUGUGACGGGGGGAUUUUAUGUCACCGUCUUCAGUUCCCUUCGUCAUGUCAUGUCCUUGCCUCUAACUGUCAAAACAACAUGCAAGGGCAGUCAAGCAUGACACCAAGGAAAUAUAUGUACAUACAGUCCACAGUGUGAACACAUACUCCUCCUGUACACCCCCCCACCCCGCCGUCCCCGUCAGUUAUGUUAUGCUGUGUCUUGUACUUGAAAAAUGACUAUUACUUUCUGUGACCGUGUGAGAGCUAAAGAACACUUUAUUUUACUGUAAAAUAUCAGAUGUGCUGUUUUUAAUUAUUGUGCUGUUCUUCCUAAAUGUAAACUUUUCAUUUGAUUUUAUUUGUGCAGUUUAACGUGUGCACAGUCUGUGGAAAUGCAGUUAUAUAUGUAUAGUUUUUAUGUUAACGUUUUCAUGUUAGUUUGCAUUUUGUAUUUUGUUUAAUUACGCAUGCAUUGAGAUGACAUUUAACUCAUCAAGUGAAAAUAUUUAGAUUGUAAUAAUGCAACAAAGGAAUGUAUUAAUCUUCAUUUUUUUUUAGUUAUUUCAAGCCUUUUAGAAACAAAACGAGGGACUAAAAUCCAUCUUUGACAUGGUUUCUGGAUAGAAGCAGUGUUCAGAUCCAGGUAAAGGUCAUAAAUGACUUAAGUAUAAGUACAGAAGUUUAUCGCAUGUAUUGUUUAGAAAAGUAUCUCUGCUGACGAUGAAAUUCUGACCUUAAUUGACAGUAAUUGAAUUAGUUUUGACUUCUUCGUAUAGUGGUCUACAUUGUAGCAGUCAGCUCAAAGGUCACCAGAUAACUGGUGGUGAGAAGAUUCUGCAUCACAGGUCUUUGCCCUUUAAAAUAUUGCACAAUUCUACCUCUUCAGGCCUCUUUCAGUUAUUUAAAUGAAACCAGCUGAAAAGUGGAAGCCACUCCUCAGAGGAACUCAGAACUACAAUAACCAAGGGGCCCAGAGCUCCUAGUGGGGGUCCACGAGCUAGAACGUGUUCAUAAACCCUCCCCAAGUGGCUUAACAUAUAACAGCGCAUGGUCACUUUUAUAUGCUCAUUUUUUAAUUAUUUAAAACCUCAACAUGAGAAGUUGUUCAGCUACAGCUGUCGGCUGAAUAUUGUUGGUUUAAAAGUGCCAUAUGUGAAAUGUAGAGCAGCACUGAGGUUACCUGUGUUGAAGUACAUGCAUUCUGCGCUUCAUACAUCCACAUAUGCAUUUUUCCCAUAGUUGUCAUUUUAAAGAUGAACACUACAGAAAAAAAACCCACUUGACUGAUUUCUGUAACCUGGCAACCGGUUACAGAUUAGGAUCAACUAUGGUAUAACGCUGAUGGGAAGCAUUUGCAUAAUGAGUUCCUUUCAGUUCUCGUGCUGAUAAGUAAGUAAAGCUUCAAAUAAGUACUUAUUACUUCAAAAUUCUACUUUCAAAGUUUUAUAUUUCUGCUUCACUACAUUAGAACAAAAUUGUACUUACUUUUCUGAAUUAGAGAGAGAGAUUAAGAGUAGGAGAGCAUUAAACACAUCAAUCGGAGAUGAGCUUAAUCUCUACAAUGUACAUUAUAAUGUUGCUUCAUGCAUCAGUACUGAUGGGAAAUUCAUUUAUUAAUAAUAGGCGUGUACAGGUAUCAGACUGAUAUCGGUAUCCUGGUUAAUGUCCAUUAUCAGAGGCUGACAUUUAUCUGUUCCAUCACAUACAUGUCCCAUGAGUUAAAUGUUCAAAAUAUACGAAAAUAAAAUCUAUGCAUAAAUAU